AUGCAAGGAACUCAUCACUCACAAGCUCAAUGGUACUGGAAAUCGAAUUCCGAUCCCUGGUCGGUCAAUGAAAAGGAAGAAUGGAGAAGAUAUUCGGAUAUUCAAUCCGACAUCAUUGAAGAAGCAUUUAACCAAAAGACAAACAAACAUUUAGUUGAAUUGGAUAACUAUUGGAUUGACUUAAAUGGCUCGAUUCAAAUCAGUAAACACGAUCAAAAUAAACGAAGACAAAUAAAACGAAUAUUAAUCGAUAGAAAUGAAAAUCAAUCUUUACGAGAAGAGAGAUUCUAUUUCCCAGAACCAUUAAAGAAGCCCUUCAACGAGGAUCGUUUGGAUGGCGGUUAUCAUGGCUUUAUUAAGGAGUGGGAGGAGAAAAACAAAACGUUUUUAUUCUUCUGGAAAAGAAUAAAUAAAAAGGUUUCUAAUAGUGACAAAGUAGAACAAGCAGCAAAUGGAAUCAUCUUCGAAGGAAAUCGACUAGGCGAAAAGUGUGAAUCCCAAUGGAUUGCCAAGCAAUUGCAAACUGUGAAAAAUAAAGACAUAGAAGAAAUUCGUAAGUGUUGCAUUAAUCUCUAUUCCAAAGACUGUUUUCUAUACAAAUUAGUGAAUGAAACGUUGAGAGAAAAUGAUGCAACUAAAAUAGACACGCUCGCGCCAUUCUGCUACUUCUUAUUUGAUUCGUGGUCAAAUAACUCUAAGAAUCAAUAUAAAAUGGAGGUCUACCGUGGUGUCAAACUCGAUCCAGAAAUGAUUGCCUGUUAUAAAGAAGCUAUCGGCACAUACAAGUGUUGGUAUGGAUUUUCUUCAACAAGCAAAAAUCGUCAAAAAGCGGAAAUGUGUGGAAACGCGUUGUUUAUCAUAGAUCUAACAAAGACUAAGACAGGUGGCUUUGAUAUCUCAUCAUAUUCAUGUUACCCAGAUGAAGAGGAAGUUCUACUUCCUGCUGGAACAGAGUUUAAAAUUAUUACCGUUGAAUCCGACACGGAUAACAAUAAACAUCGCAUUUAUUUAACUAUCAUAAAUGACAUGGAUAACGAACGUUUCUGUGAUCUAUCCAACAAACAUUUAACAGCAGAAGACGCACGCGCAGUCGUUAAUGCAUUGAAGAGCAAUACAACAGUGACUGAGCUGUAUUUUUCGAAUAGUAAUAUAUCUAAUGAAGGUGCAACAGCCAUCGCUGAUGCAUUGAAGAUCAAUAAAACACUCGAUGCUCUAAAUAUUUCGAAUAAUAAUAUUUCGAAUGAAGGUGCAACAGCCAUCGCUGAUGCGUUGAAGAUCAACAAAACACUCGAUGCUCUAAAUAUUUCGAAUAAUAAUAUUUCGAAUGAAGGUGCAACAUCCAUCGCUGAUGCAUUAAAGCUAAAUCAUGUGCUGUCGUACCUGGAUAUUUCGAAUAAUAAUAUAUGGAAUGAAGGUGCAACAUCCAUCGCUGAUGCAUUGAAGAUCAAUAAAACACUGACUGGGCUGUAUAUUUCGAAUAAUAAUAUAUCAGAUGAAGGUGCAACAUCCAUCGCUGAUGCAUUGAAGAUCAAUAAAACACUGAAUGAGCUGAGAAUUUGGAAUAAUAAUAUAUCAAAGGCAAUUGCAACAUCCAUCGCUGACAAACGAAUGAAGUGUUGA